AUGGCCCUCCUGGCCAGCCAUGCCGACGAUCUCGACUCCCUCGACGCAUUCAUCGUGACGUUUGGGCCAAAGUACGAGGUCUAUUACAAGAUGAACGUUGAACCUUUUGCACACGGCUUCGUAGCCGCUACCUUUGCCGGCACCGCCACCUCAGUCGUUAACUUUGUGCUCUUCGUCAUCACUAUUAGCCGCGCCCUCCAUGCCCUGCGCAAAGCAAACCUAGAAAAGGCACCUAGCACGACCGACUCGCAAAAGACGAUCCAGGCUGAAGGGGACAAGAUGAUCGCCUCGCCGCAGAUGACAUCCGCCGUUCCGACUUAUAUCCAUUGGAACAGCCAAUACCCUCCCCCGCAUCACCCUCAGGCCUAUCACUACUACGGCCAGCCAUACACGCAGUCACCGCACUCGCAAACGAACCCUACACCGCCGACGUCCGUUCCACCCCACGGAUUCCAACCGGCAUACUUCCCCAGCAGCCAAUGGCCACCACAGCCCCCUCAACAGCAACCGCCACCUGAGGGCGGCGUCUGGCCGGCUCAAAACUACGGCAUGUACCAGCAACAGGUUCCUAUUGCGCCCCAACACACUGGCCAGUCUGGCAGCAAUAUGGGCUCGCCUCAGUUCCCCAUGGUGAACCCAGUGGCAGCUACCAAGUCGGAUCUCCAAGGUGUCUAUUCGACGCCCCCUCCAGGAACCGCACACCCCGGACACCCGCCACAGCAACACCCUCCGAAUCAACCGCCGGCGCCCGGCACGACACAAUCACCGGCCGAGCUGAAUGAUGGGCGUGGGGAGGAGAACAUGCCGGCGGAGCUGCCAAACAACCCCCCUAGAUCGCCGAGGUGA